AUGAGCAACUCCCUCGAGCAACUCAAGGCUUCUGGCACCACUGUCGUCAGUGAUUCUGGUGAUUUCGCAUCCAUUGGCAAGUACAAGCCUCAAGAUGCCACCACCAACCCAUCUCUCAUCCUUGCUGCCUCCAAGAAGCCCGAAUAUGCCAAGCUUAUCGACGCUGCCGUCGAAUACGGCAAGAAGCAAGGAAAGGAUCUCGAUGAAAAGGUUGAUGCUACUCUGGACCGCCUUCUGGUUGAGUUCGGAAAGGAGAUCUUGAACAUCGUUCCAGGAAAGGUUUCUACCGAAGUUGAUGCCCGUUUCUCUUUUGAUACUGAGGGCUCCGUCAACAAGGCUCUCCACAUUAUUGAGCUCUACAAGUCCGUAGGCAUUGACAAGUCUCGCGUUCUGAUCAAGAUUGCCUCCACCUGGGAAGGUAUCCAAGCUGCCCGUAUUCUACAAAAGGAUCACGGCAUCAACUGCAACCUCACUCUCCUCUUCUCCAAGGUCCAAGCUAUUGCUGCUGCCGAGGCUGGUGCAUACCUCAUCUCUCCCUUCGUCGGCCGUAUCCUCGAUUGGUACAAGGCCAAGACUGGAAAGACCUACUCCAAGGAGGAGGACCCAGGUGUAGCAUCUGUCAAGAGCAUUUUCGACUACUACAAGAAAUUCGGAUACAAGACCAUCGUUAUGGGUGCUUCUUUCAGAAAUGUUGGCGAGAUUACCGAGUUGGCUGGAUGUGAUUACUUGACAAUCUCCCCCAAUCUUCUCGAAGAUAUGAUGGGAUCCACCGACGCCGUCCCUAAGAAGCUCGACGCUGGCGGCGCCGCAUCCCUGGACAUCGAGAAGAAGUCCUACAUCAACAACGAGCCCGACUUCCGAUUUGACUUUAACGAGGACACCAUGGCAGUUGAGAAGUUGCGCGAGGGUAUUUCCAAGUUCGCCGCCGAUGCCGUUACGUUGAAGGAUAUCCUCAAGGCAAAGAUUGAGGCAUAG